UCAUAUAAUAUGAUCUCAAACAAAAUAAUUAUGUUUUUUUGGUAUAAAACCGAAUAAACCGAAAACCGACGGUAUAUAAACCGAACCGAACCGAAGUAAAUAUGGAUUUAGAAUGGUAGUCAUAUUUUACUAACCGAAAUACCGAAAACCGAAAAAAACCGAACCGAAACCGAACCGAUAUCCGGAUUGAACACCCCUACAAACCAUCAUUCUUUGCAAAGACAUUUACAGUUUAGUAAAAAAAAAAAAAUUAAGAACCUACAAAACGAACAUCAUCACGGAUCUCAUAACAGUGAAACGAACUGAUCAUUUUAUUUCAUUUUUCUUUAUAUUGAUCUUUUAAAUCUGGGACCAUGCAGAAAUGAUUUUUUGACAAAAGACAAAUCCUUAUUUGUCAAGAAGGCGUAAGUACUCGAGGAUGAUAUAACAAUAGUAUAAGUUUUAGUCUUCUAGAAUGUAGUAUAUCAUUUCAAAAUGUCCAUCUAAAAUAAAUAUUUAAAAGUCUAAAAAUAGAAUUAAAAACGAGUACUUGAUUUUGGACUUUCGAAACCGUAGUUAUUUUUCGUUAACUUCGUUUUUGUAAUGAGUAUAAUCUAACUAUCCGAUAUUUAAUAUUUUGUCACAUUCCAUGUUGGUGUAUGUGUUAAGAUCCACAUUAACACUUUCAAAAUAAUAUAACCCAUUUCUAGCAAAAAGAAAAAAAACAGCUUAAAAUAUUAUCUGUUUGAUAAAAAUAUAUUACUUUAUGCGUUUGCAAAAAAAUAAUAUAUAUAUUACUUUAUGGUUUAUAUAUUUAAACCGUUCCCAUGUGGGAUGACUGAUUUGAAAUAUUUAGAUUCAGCGCAGAUAAUAGGGAAGAACCCAAACUACUUCACAAGUGUAGCUUUCUUCAAACGUGACACAAUACGAUGAUAUGAUGUUGACCAAACAUAUCUAUCAAUAUAAAUAUAGAGAAGUGAAUAUAAGUACUUUAUAAAUGGCAAAAAGGACUUGAAAAUGUACCGACCCAUCCACUUAAAAUCUGUAUGCCUUGCACUUUCUUCUGGUCUAGCGUAUGUAGAAGAGGGUUGGGAAAUAAAGUAUAUACUAACAAAGUAACACGGGAAUAAAGUAUAUAUACUAACAAAAUAGCACCAUUUCGAAUCCAAUUAAAUUACAAUUUCUGUGGUUUGGAAUUGAAGGUCUCUCUUUGAGGCUCUUCUGAAUUAUUCAUCUUAGCCAAAUCCCACUAACACAUCAGCUUUGUCAAUUUUAAGUAAUGCCAAUGCUCGUGAAUUUUCAUGUAAAAAUAGUUACAUGUCUAUUAUACCAUUAUAUAUGGCUGUCUUAAUCACAUUUUUCGAUGCAAAGUUUCAACCAACUAAAAGGAAAAAAUCAUACGGUGGCUGCCUCCCUCGAGAUCACUUGUUUCGAAUAUAACACGUGUCGAUUGACUUAUAUAUCACAGGUGAGACUUUUAAAAAAUUAGUUCAAACUGAAGUAAAGUAAGCAAAGCUGAAUAGAAAACAGAUGCAUAUCUGUAACAUAUACAUACAGUAAUUGACAUCCACAACAUAGAUUGUGUACUAAAAGGGAAAAUUAACUCAUUUUUCAUGAUAAAGAGCUCGAAUAAUACAACGGCAAUGGAUUAGUUUUUUAAAAUUAGGAAGGUUAUUUUCCAUCUUAAGUUUUUAUAUUGUGAUUUCAUUUUGACUGUAUUUUUGUUUCUCAGAUUAAGAUUUCUCUUACAAAUCUUUUUAAAUAGCAUUGCAAAUGAAAAAAGACACUAUAAAUUCAAUAAAGUUUCACAUUCUAAUUUCACAUGCUCUCUCAUAUACUACUAAAAUUAUGGAUAGGAAUGAUUAAAGCCCUAAUUUUGUUGGUUAGUGAAAGAAAAAGUUAGUAUAAGCUUGUGAAACGAGGAAUUACGGCGGCACGUGUGUAAAAGAAUAAACAUGACUACCUUCUUCAUCAGCGCGUACCACGUAAUCAUCUUCUUAUCAACGCGCAUACAACCUGAGACCUUCUUCUUCUUCUUCUUCUUCUAUUCUUACACUCUACUUAACACACACCCACACAUAUAAAUACACUAACAAGCCGCCAUUCUUACUAUAACUUUCAACUCCAAAGUCCAAACAAUAGCUGAAUAAAAUAUACAAAGAAACCCUAAUAACCAAAUUAGUUAUAUACACAACACACUUAUCCAAACCUUUGCAUUUGGUUUAUAGAUAUGGAUGCAUCACCCAAGUACACAGGUGUAAGGAAGAGGAAGUGGGGCAAAUGGGUUGCUGAGAUUCGUCUCCCAAACAGCCGCGAGAGGAUCUGGCUAGGCUCUUUCGACACCGCUGAGAAGGCGGCGCGUGCUUUCGACGCGGCUCUUUAUUGUCUACGUGGCCCCGGUGCGCGUUUCAACUUCCCGGACAAUCCACCGGAGAUACCUGGCGGACGUUCUUUGACGCCGCAGCAGAUUCAGGUCGUAGCCAGCCGUUUCGCCUGCGAGGAAGUGUUACCACCGCAGCAGCAGCAACAACAACAGCCUCCGGCGUCACCACGUGGAGAUAAGACGGAGGAUGGGGGAGGAAUUUCGGCACGUGGGGAUAUUAGUGGUGGUAGUGGUGGGCCGACGUCAGGUCAAGUUGGGGAAGAUAACAACAACCACGAGGAUAAUGUUAAACUAUAAUCUAAUCUCUCCUUGAUACAUUUACAUAAGUUAGUUAUUUAUGUUAUUACACAAAGAGUUGUAACUCUUCAAGUUGUGUCCUUUAGUAUAAAGAGUUGUGUCUCUUAUACUUGUAUUGAUUCGAUCUCUAUAUAAAGAUCAAUCAUCUGUUGUAAACAUAUCAACCGAAUCUCAAUAAUACAAAAGUAUUUUCAGAAAAGUUUAUAAGUCUGAAACGUCUAUCUUAUUCUUUCUCUCGAACUCGUGUGUAACACACUGUGAUCAUUGUGUAACACAAGCGGUUGGUAAAAGAUUAACAUGGUAUCAGAGCUUUACGUUUGAGAGGACAAAGAAAAAAGCACUAGUAAGAGAAACACUUGGCGUGGAGAAAAGGAGGCUAGAGGAUUUUGUCAUACGAUUUCGGAAUCAUU